GGCCAUACAAUAGAAACGUUGCAUCGUCGUUUCAGUAUUUAUUACAGAUAUAUAAGGGCUACUUUUUGAUUAAGGACUUGUUUUAACAAUAAAGUCAUAUUUUCUUGGAACAUUUUCCCUUUAACAAAGCUUAUAAGAGUACAGCAUCAGUAACUAAUAACUAGACAUUGCUCAGAAUAUCACUGAUGUUUCAAAUAACCUGUGGUGCGUUGUACAUGUCAGGCCAGGAAGAUGGUCUGCCAAGUACUUAACUAGGACCAAUUUGGAGUGCACGUUGCAUUGGCGUGUUCUUGUGAAUCCAUGUCCUUCUAGUAGUAUAGCAUAGUAGUAUGGAUAGAAAUGACGAGAAUGAUGAGAUGAGAAUAUCAUCCUGGAGACAUUGCAGAGCACAUAUAUGUACAUGCAUCAUCGUAGACACUAUUUGUGUUUUUGAUGUGUACAUAAAUAUGUGUUGAUUAAAUAAGGGGAUUUAAUGUAUUUCUGCAAACCAUCAACAACAAAAAAAUCAGUUCAGAGUCAAAUAUUCUGAUGGGAAAGUUGCUGAAAUUAGCUUCCUGGCAGGAGCUCUCGUUUGCCAACACAAUUAAAGUGUAAGACAUUAUAAGUGCAUUAGCUUAAUCCCUCCAAUCUUGGCUUGCUACAACACCAGCCUGUCAGUCAGCACAUGCAUGGGCGAGCAGAGCUGAAGAUGGAGGUGCAUAAACAAGAGUUCCUCACCUUGGAUUUGUUAUGAAAUGAAGAUAUUUGCUAAUAUCUAUUCAUUUUGAGGCUUUGACGAAGACAAUGUUGACAUUUAUUGCGCGUGUUUGGAUGUUAUGGUGGCUUUUUGAAGGUAUUUCCUCUGACGAUGACAUCACUGGUUGUGAACAGAAGCCAUGCCAAAAUGGUGGCAUAUGUGAGAGUCACGUUGGUGGUUUCAGAUGCCACUGCUCCCGGCAAACCCUAUACGGGCGUCUAUAUGGUGGGGAGACCUGCAAUGUUGCACUUUCAGGCUGUGACGGCAACCAGUGCGAAAAUGGAGGAAUAUGCUCCCCGUUACUUGUCAAUGGACAACACACUCACACCUGUACCUGCCUUGCUGGCUUUUCUGGGCCCAAAUGCCAGAUCUCGACUGUUUUUUCAUUUGAGAGCCAAGGUUACAUGUAUAUCGAGACUCCCCUUGUUGACACAGUAGCCCCGCUUAAUGUUACUCUCAGUUUCCGGACAGAAAGACCUGUUGGCACCCUCUUGCAAAGCAGAGUGGCUGACCUCCUCCUCAGUAUUGAGCUAAUGGAUGGUCAUCUGUGCCUACGCAGCCUCAGAAAUCAAGGAUCCAGCACACUGGUUCAGGAACUGCCCGCGUAUAUUUCCAACAAUAAAUGGCACACAGUGGAGGCGUCACUUGGCGGUGUGGUCAGCAUCAUCAGACUCCUCUGUACUGAGGAAAACUGCACCAGGGACACCAGCACCACACCAGUCCAUGUUCUUGAGCCUGCCUCUGCUCUCCCGCAGCCUGGGACGGUGCGCCAAAGCCUCUUCAUUGGCGCACACAGAACAGAACCCUCACUUGCUUUUCUGGGCUGCUUGAGAGAUGUGUUUGUGGACUCCCAUCUGGUGGUGCCUGUGACUUUGCUGAAAGCUUCUGACGCCCAGGUUAAUGUCACGAUGGGGUGUAACGAUAAUGGCAAAUGCGAUGACAGCCCCUGCCAGAAUCGGGGCCGCUGUGUGAGCCAGGGAUGGAGGAGUUACACGUGUGAGUGCCACAGACCUUAUGAGGGCAUCAACUGUGCAGAGGAAUACGUGACCGCAAGGUUUGGGAGCAAAGACCUGGAAAGCUAUGCUGUCUUUUCAUUAGAUGAUGAUCCAGGUGAUACUUUGACCGUAUCCAUGUUUAUUCGAACCAGGCAAGCCAAUGGCCUCCUCCUGAUCCUAGCCAACAGUACCAGUCAGUACCUACGCCUGUGGCUCCAACAGGGCAGCGUCAAAGUUCAAAUCAACAACUUUGAGACCCUGCUUGGUCAAAGUGUGGUCAGUGACGGCCAUUUUCAUCUGGUGACCGUGAAGCUUAAUGGACUGGAAGCAGAGUUGGUACAGUCUGCCCAGAGCCAAGGCUCUUUACCCAUACGUCACAUCUGGGCCCGUCGUGGGGAUCUGGUCUUCGUGGGUGGACUGGCAGACUCGAGGGCCUCUGCAACAUUUGGAGGCUAUUACAAGGGAUGUGUUCAAGAUCUCAGGAUUAACGAUAAACGUUUGCAGUUCUAUUCCAUAACAACGUCGGUGGAAUCGUACAAGCUGGAGCAGCUGAUUAGCGUUGCACCAGGGUGCAGCGGUGACGACGCCUGUGCGGUUAACCCCUGUCUCAAUGGAGGCGUGUGUUACGCCAUGUGGGAUGACUUCAUCUGCAACUGCCCCCCCAACACCGCAGGGCGGAGUUGCCAGGAGGUGAAAUGGUGUGAGCUGUCUCCUUGCCCUGCCGCUGCUGCAUGCCAGCAGAGCUCGCAGGGCUUUGAGUGUUUAUCCAAUGUAACUAUUCGGGCAGAGAGUGGAAUUUUGCACUACCGCAGCAAUGGGAAGAGAAAGCACACCAUCCAUCUCGCCAGCGUCUCCCUCAGCUUCCGCACAAGGCAGUCUACGGCCACCAUAUUGAACGCACAAAAGGGCACAACCUACAUCACCCUCUCUCUUCGGGACUCCCGUGUGGUAGUGGAGCACCAAGCCGGAGUGGACCAAAGCUCCCCCAAGAUGACUGUUCAGGGUGUGGGUUCAGUCGGUGAUGGAGAUUGGCAUUCCGUGAAGCUCAGCAAGCACAGUCAAAGCUCCAAGUGGAUCAUGGCCGUGGAUAAAAGUCGACAGGAAAUACCCAUGUUACGUGAAGGGGACUUGGAUUUUCUUAGGGAGGGAGCAGACAUCUUCCUGGGGGCAUUGAGCCUAGACUCUAUGGUGAGUCUCUCAGGGUGUCUGGGUCCUGUAGAGAUCGGAGGUCUUCUUCUUCCGUUCCACUUAGACACAGAACUGAAACUGCUCAGGCCUCAGGAAGAACAGUUUACACAGAUGAACACCAACGCCGCCCCACAUUAUGGCUGCUGGGGGGCCAGUGUGUGCGCACCGAACCCUUGUCAAAACGAAGGGGUAUGUGAGGAUCUGUUUGACCUGCAUCACUGCAAAUGUCCUUCCAUGUGGACAGGUCCGCUGUGUCAGGAACCAAGCGAUACCUGCGUCUCUAACUCCUGUAUAUUCGGAAAGUGCAGCAACAUUCCAGGAGGGCACGAAUGUGUGUGCAAUCAGGGGUACAUGGGUGAAAAGUGUGAGGUGGAAGUGGAUUUAUGUGACAAUAACAAUUGCAGCAAUGGCGCUACAUGUCUGAAAGGCUUCCAGAACUACUCCUGCCUCUGUCCCCAGAACAUGACAGGCCAAUACUGCAAUGUGAAAAUUCCCGAAGUCCCAUGGUACAUCGAAAUUAACUCUCUUCCUCUGCUGCCUGUAUCAAAAUGCAACGGCACAAGAUGGAACUUCAGCUGCUUCAAUGGAGGGAACUGUUCGGAAGUGGACAACCAAUGUCUAUGCCUGCCUGGUUUUACAGGACAAUGGUGUGAGAAAGAUGUCGACGAGUGUGCCUCUGCCCCAUGCAUGAACGGAGGGUUCUGCAUCAACUACAUCAACAGUUUCGAGUGCGUGUGUGACAUUAAUUACUCGGGUAUGCACUGCCAAAUAGAUGUCAGCGACUUUUACUUGUACAUCUUCUUGGGCCUGUGGCAGAACCUCUUCCAACUGAUGUCCUACCUCGUCAUACGCCUCGACGACGAGCCAGAAAUCGAUUGGGAAUUUCAAGUUAAUGAUUAAUUCCAAGCUUGUAAGUGCAUUAAAAAAAAAAGCGUGUUGGUUUUAAAGCAACUUUCUGCAGUGCUACUCAUGGGAUGAUUUAUUCCAUUUUCAUGAAUAUCUCCGGUGUAUGGAAACUGUUGAGGUCAGUUUAAUAAAAGUGUCAGUCGUGAA